GGAGCGCGCCGGCGCCGCGCUGGCCGCCAGGCCGCCGCCCAGUCUGGCCGAGGUCGAGGCGCUGCUGCGAGACGCCGACAAGGUACCGGCCGCGCUGCCCACCGUGCAGGCGCUGCGAGACGCCGCCACAAAGGCCCACGACUGGAUGGAGCGCGCGGCGGCCAUCACCGAGCGCAGCCAGCACCCGCGCCUCGAGGCGGUUGAGGCGCUGGUAGCUCGCGGACAGCCGAUCCCGAUCCUGCUGCCCGACCUGGUGCGCCUCGAGACACUGGCCAACAGCGCCAAGGCGUGGCGCGAGCGCACCAGCCGCGCGUUCCGACGCAACUCGCUCUCGCUGCUGGAGGUGCUGACGCCGCGGACGGAGGUGGGCGUGUACCCGGGCGGCGGCCGGCGCCGGCGGCGACCGGGCCCGCCGGCGGCUGAGGGCGGCUCCGAGGCUCAGGUGGUGGACGCCUACCGGGAGGCUGAGCGCCGCGAGCUGGAGCUGAUUCGCCAGCACCGCGCCGCCAACCUGCAGAAGCGGCAAACGGACGGCAACAGCGGCACCUACUGCGUCUGCCAGCAGCGGCCGCGGGCCGCCAUGCUGCAGUGCCAGCUGUGCUGCGACUAUUUCCACAGCUCGUGUGUGCCGCUCUCCAAGGGCGGCUCGAAGCGGUCGGGCGGCGCGGCGGCCUGUGAGCCGGCGGUGCGACUGAGUGCCGGCGGCCGGUUCCUGUGUCCGCUGUGCCGGCGCUCGCGGCGGCCGCGGCUCGAGACGGUGCUCAGCCUGCUGGUGGCGCUGCAGAAGCUGGUGGUGCGACUGCCCGAGGGCAUAGCGCUCCAGUGUCUCACCGAGCGCGCCAUGCGCUGGCAGGACCGGGCUCGUCAGCUGCUGGCCACUGACGAGGUAGCGGCCGCCCUGGCCAGCCCGGCGGCCCCACCGGGCACCUCCAGCCAGGCGGGCGACUCAGCGGUGGCACCGGCGGCCGACGGCGGUCCGACGGCCGACACCGACAGCGGCCGCCAGACCGGCCGGCCGCCCAUCAAACUCGAGUCGGAGGCCGAGCUGCCGCCCAGCGCGCCCGUCUUCUCCAGCUCGGAGCACGCCUACUCCUCAGCGUUCAAGCAGGCGCCGCCGACUCCGGCGCGCAAGCCACGCAAGGCGGUGCUCUCUCCGCGGCGCACCGAUUCGCCUCCGCCUCCGCCUCCGCCGCCGGCGCCGGCGGCAGCCCGGUCGGCGGCCGGUCGGCUGGGCGCCCAGUCGCUGUCGCAGCUGGAGGCGCUGCUGCUGGAGGGCGACCUGCUCGAGGUGACGCUGGACGAGACCGAGCAGCUGUGGAGACUGCUCUCCGCCGGCCGGCCGCCCACCGGACAGCCCAGCUUCCCUGACAUCGACAUCGUCAAGGUGGAAACCGGUGCGCCGCGUCAGCAGGCGGCCGGCCCGCGCAGGAAGCGCGGUGCGGCGGCGUCUCGCGCCGGCCACCCGACCAAGCGGCUCAAGGUGAAGGUGAAGGGCUCGGGCGCCGAGGAGCCGGCUGAGGAGGGCGCCGAGCCGGCCAGUCCCGCCCGGCGCGUCCCCAAACAGGGCGCCGCCAUCAAACGCCGACUCGCCGCCAAAAAGCGAAUGAUGUUUGAGAAGGGAGCACGCAAAACGGCCAAGGCUCGCAGCCAUUCGCCGGCCAGUGAGGGCGCCGGUGCCAUUCGCAACUACGUAGAGGACUGCGCCGCUAAACCCUGCCAGAAGCCGCACGGCUCCUGUAUAAACUGGAUCGGCUGCGACGACUGCGAGCAGUGGUACCACUACAUCUGCGUCGGCCUGCCCAAGAACUACCAGGUGACCGAGGACAUGGUGUACAUCUGCCCGCGCUGCCAGGACACCCAGGCGCCGCGGCCGGCAGCGGCCGGAGCAGGCGGCGGCGGCUCGCUGCUGGAGCUGGCAGGCGGCGGCGGCUCGCUGCUGGAGCUGGCCGCCGCCGCUCAGGAGGAGGACGGCGCCAGCGCGCUGCUCUCGCUGGCGGCCGGCGGCGGCGGCCAGUCGCCCGACCUGCAGUAGCGGCCCUCUGGCAGCACGCACCGGGCGCCCAGUGUCGACCCAGGCAGCCGCACUCGGCCGCGGCGCGCUGGCGUCGAGCGCAGCUCAGCACGCGGAGCACACGUUCAAACAGUUCUGCUUUGAUUGGGACGUCACCUUUCGGGUUUUCUGUAGUUUAUGACUCUGAACACAAAAGCGUCGUCUGCGUUGCGCCGCCGCCGAAGAGCGUCGUGUAUGUUCUGCGGUUCAGCGCGCUCUCCCAGUCUGCGUGUCCCAGUCUGUGUGGCGCGCUGUCCCAGUCUGCGGGGCGCGCUGUCCCAGUCUGCGGGGCGCGCUGUCCCAGUCUGUGGGGCGCGCUGUCCCGGUCUGUGGGGCGUGCGCUGUCCCGGUCUGUACGAUGCGCUGUCCCGGUCUGUACGAUGCGCUGUCCCAGUCUGCGGGGCGCGCUGUCCCGGUCUGUACGAUGCGCUGUCCCAGUCUGUGGGGCGCGCUGUCCCAGUCUGCGGGGCGCGCUGUCCCGGUCUGUACGAUGCGCUGUCCCGGUCUGUGUGGCGCGCUGUCCCGGUCUGUACGAUGCGCUGUCCCGGUCUGUGUGGCGCGCUGUCCCGGUCUGUACGAUGCGCUGUCCCAGUCUGUGGGGCGCGCCGCUCGGCAGCUUCUCUGGUGGCGCUGGGGUUCGGCGUUCCCGGUGGCAGCCGAUAGCUUGGCUGCUGUCUGUGUGGGAGGGGAUUCCGGCGUUCGUGAAGCGCUCUGUCCACGGCCACCGAGGCAGUUCCGCGCAGUCCGGUCAGCGCCAUGUUCACUGAUCAGUGACUCGCACCAAUUUCGGCCUGGUAUUCACCUCUAUGUGACCACAUCUGAAGCGUAGAAAGGUUCAAUAAAUGCACAUUUGA